GGACAAACAUCGUUAAAGCUGUUCCACACAUGGGACGGAAUAGAGAAAUUUGUUUGUUUGAUGAUACUUUACUCUUCUAUUUUGCGUUUUGUGGCACGAGCAAAGAUGUUAGACAUUUGAAAAUACCUUUUUUUACCGUCUUCGAAGGAUCUUUUGUCCAUUGUCUCUUCACUUUGAGGUUGGAAAAAAGAAGCUGAGUAUCAAGACUUUUGUGCACACGAGUUUGGCAGCUAUUUCAUCUUUCUUUUCUGUCGGCAAACGAAGGUGCUGGAUAUCAUGUCCAUGACCAUAGUGGCUGGCACGCUCGUCACGGACUACAAGAUGCUUUCUUACUACUGAUAGUACAUCAAGAAUUACUUAGAAGUCAAGGAAAUGUAUACAAUGAGCUACGUACAUCGACCACACACCACUCCGCUGGAAUGUAGGACCUUAUUCCAGCUUUUAGACGAACAAGCAGCUCUGCGUCCUGACAAGGAAGCCAUUGUCUACCGUGACGAGACAGGCUAUAACCACAGGAAGUCCAUAACCUUCAAACAGUACCAGGAGCAAUCCCAGUGCCUCGCGAUCAUGCUGCUUGAGCUAGGCCUGGGGAGAGGGGAUGAGGUAUUGCUUAUGCUGGAGACUUCAAUAGAGUUUAUCGUAUUUCACAUGGCCUUGAAUAGGAUCGGCGCAGUAGCGCUGAUUGUAGGUCCCCAUUAUGACGAUGCAGUGACUGAAUUAAGCGGCCAGAUAUCAGCGGUUGCGUUUAGUUCUCAACAAAGUGACGUCACUUCCGCCGUCAGUGCAAUUGUGGGCGACAUCAAAGCAGCCAUUUUCGUUGGGCCAGAUGACGGUGUGUCUACUAGUUGCCAUAGUUACGAGACUCUUCUUCGAUCAGGAAAAGAAAAACCUCGCGACGUUCUUAUAAAGGCAGAGAAUGAAGUACAGUUCGAUGACCUCACUGUCUUUAUUUUCACUUCCGGUAGCACAGGUAUCCCGAAACCAUGUGAAUACACGCACCACGGAUUUGUCAACGCUAUCAUUCAUGAGACGUUUGCUUGUGGCUACACAAGCGACACUGUGAUAUUUUCGUACGCGCCCUUUGAUUGGAUAACUGGAAGUUGUAUCUUCACACUAUCUGCGCUGCUUGGUUUGACUUACGUCAUUUUCCCGCCAAGAUUGUCAUUAGACAGUCACAUGAUUGGCGCCAUGCUUGGCGUCUUCGAGGAGGAAAAAGUGACGAAUGCUAUAGUGCUUCCGCCGUUCUUUCUUGAUCUUUACGAGCUCGAAGGGGUUGAUCGUUACGAUCUGAGAAAGUUAGUGCAGCUUGAGACAGGAGGACAGAUGAUGGACAAAAAAACGGUGAAGAAGGCCAUCUCCAAAUUACCACAUACAAAGGUUUUAGUGGUUUAUGCUGCGACAGAAUUCUGCACAGCUGGCCGAACGAUUUGUACGCGAGACAACAUCGACUCUGCUGAGUUUGGUCUGUACGAGAUAAUACCAGGAUUUGAAGUCAAGAUAGUCGACCCCGAAGGAAAGUUAGUAAUGGUCGACACAAAAGGGGAACUGUGUGUCAGAGAGGCGGGCAUGCUUCUCCGCUCAGACUUCAUGAUAAAAGGUCACAGACACGAAGCCAAAUCCCCCACUGGCUGGUACUUUACUCACGAUAGAGCAUCACUCACGAGCGACGGCCGACUCCGCAUCCACGGGCGUCAGGAUAAUCUGAUCAAAUGCGCUACAGAAUCUAUACAACCCGCAGAGGUCGAGUUACCACUUCACGUCCACGAGUGUAUUCAGCAAGUGAUCGCCGUCGGUGUUCCAGACCAGCGGCUUUAUGAAGUCGUGUGCGCAUGCGUUGUGUUGAAUCCUCGCUUUCGUGCCGAUUCAGAGUCCGCUAUAGCCCAAAUUAACCAAUGGGCCUGCGAGGAGUUACGCGCUAAUACUGCAGGCAUAGAUUUGACCAGACCGAGAUAUUAUCUUGUCUUCGAUGAGUUUCCAAAGACAAGAACCGGGAAAGACGACCGCAAGGAAAUCAAGAGGAUGGCCGCGGAGAGACUGGGGCUUAGUCGGGAUGGUUUUCAACAAUAACGACUCAGUGGCCCUCGGCGCUGAUCUUUGUUUUAAAAACUCCCUUCUCCUUAUGUGAACUUUAUAAUGGUCCAACACUAUUAUAGUCAGGUCGCUUAGUGUUUCAAUCUAUACAUAGCGGACAAAAGCACCAAACUUGGCAAAAAGAUAGCCAAGAGGAUGCUAAUUAAUAUUGAGACCGGUGCCCACCGGUACCAAUUGAGGAUUUUGUGUAAUAAAGGAAUAAAAAUUAGAAAAAAGCGUCCAUCACGGGUUCCCUGUGGUGAAAUUUAAUUAAAAGAUCUUGUAUUUCUAAGGCGAAAUAUCUGAUUGUUUUUUUUUUUUCGGUAGGGGAAAUAUGACAGUAUUUGUUAAUAUUUCAAGAUAAAACUGUCGUCUGCUGCAUUAAAAUGAUUUAUUUAAGAGAAAA